GGGAGGUGUCUGCGGGAUGAAGCAAUUCAGACUCCACAGCACGUGUUAGUCCAGUGUCUACGGAUUUCAGCAACCGAGCUGCUAUCUUUACGAUGAUCCUGGCUACGGCCGUGGAUCCGGACACUAAACUAGUUGGUUACAAUGCUCAGGCUGGUUUCAUAAUCGCAGGCUACUCGCCGCCUCACGGUAUUUAUGCUAGAAACUGGCCUUUUGGGACAAGUCCGCCAUAUCGGCGUGACUGGAAGCACCGAGGAACUUUAAGUACACAUAAACCUCCAGGAUACAGUGUUUGACAUCGAGAUUAAUGUUUUGAACGCGAAUAGCCAG